UAUUAUUUUUUGUUUUUUGUAUGGUUUGCGGAAAGUAAAAGUGGCUGCCGUCGCUGUCGCCGUCGCCGUCGCCGCCUGCCUUUGCCUGUAUGUGUAUUUGUAUUUGUGUUUUUGUAUUUAUAUUCAUGUACGUUCGGUUACGUUGAGCGUGUGCGCGCGCGAAUGUUUGUGUGUAAAAAGAAGUUGCAAAAAAACAAAAGUUACGCAAAAACAUAGCAAAAUUGUGUAAAAUAACAACACCAGCAGCAGCAGCAGCAGCAGCCUCGUGCCACUGUGUGUGUGUGAGUGAGCGUGCGUGCGUGUGCGUGUGCGUGUGUGUUGUUUGUUGUUUGUGCUCUUCUUGGAGCUUACCGGCGGCACAGCAAUGAGCGAAAACAACGGCAGCAGCAGCACCACCAUCACAGCCGCCAAUGGACCGCGCGUCGUUACCAUCUACAAGACGGAAACUGGCUUCGGUUUCAAUGUGCGCGGACAGGUGUCCGAGGGCGGACAAUUGCGUUCCAUUAACGGUGAACUGUACGCUCCGCUGCAGCAUGUUAGCGCUGUGCUGGAGAAUGGCGCCGCCGAGAAGGCUGGCAUCAAAAAAGGCGAUCGCAUACUCGAGGUCAACGGCGUCAGCGUGGAGGGCGCCACACACAAACAGGUGGUGGAUCUGAUCAAAUCUGGUGGGGAUUGCCUGACCCUGACGGUGAUAUCUGUGACCCAGCAGGAGGCCGACAGACUGGAGCCGCAGGAGGAUCAAACCGGCUACUCCUACAUAGACUACUCCGACAAGCGCUCCUUGCCCAUCAGCAUACCCGACUACAGCAUUGUGAAUCGGAAUGGUGAACGCUAUAUUGUCUUCAAUAUCCAUAUGGCCGGACGGCAGCUGUGCUCCCGUCGAUAUCGUGAGUUCGCCAAUUUGCAUUCGCUGCUGCGCAAGGAGUUCAGCGGCUUCAACUUUCCGAAGCUGCCCGGCAAAUGGCCAUUCCAGCUGAGCGAACAGCAGCUGGACACACGCCGGCGCGGACUCGAACAGUAUCUGGAGAAGGUGUGCGCGGUGCGCGUGAUUGCCGAAAGUGAUGCUGUGCAGGAUUUUCUAACCGAUACCGAGGAUGAUGUAUCCGCAUCGCCGGUGGACAUUAAGGUUAUGCUGCCCGAUCAUGAGGUGACCAGCGUUUCGGUUAAGAAAUCAUCCAGCGCCCAGGUCGUUUGGGAGAUACUCGUGCAGCGCGCCAAUCUGACAGCCUAUACGCAACAAUAUUUCUAUCUGUUCGAGAUCGUUGAGUACAAUUUCGAGCGCAAGCUGCAGCCGAACGAGAUACCCCAUCAGCUCUAUGUGCAGAACUAUAGCACCGCCUCGUCGACAUGCCUCUGUGUGCGACGCUGGCUCUUCUCCGUCAACAAGGAGCUGAAGCUGCCCGUUGGCGAGCAGGCGGCGCGUUUCAUCUUCUAUCAGGCGGUCGAUGAGGUCAAUCGCGGCAAUAUACGCGCCGAUGGCCGGCUCUAUGAGCUGAAAGCCUUGCAGGAUGCCAAAAAGGCCAACGAUUAUUUGACACUGGCCCGCACACUGCCCGGUUACGGUGAUGUCGUCUUUCCGCACUGCUCCUGUGAUAGUCGCAAGGAGGGACAUGUUGUGCCCGCCGUGGGAAUGAAAAGCUUUCGCCUCCACGCCUGCCGCGAUGAUGGCUCCCUGGAGGCGCAAAUGGUGGAGCUAACAUGGGAUAGCAUAACGCGCUCCGAGAGCGAUGAGGAGUCUAUGUCAUUUUGCUUUCAGUACAAUCGUCCAGAUAAGCCGGCACGUUGGGUCAAAGUCUAUACGCCAUAUCACGCAUUUCUUGCGGACUGCUUUGAUCGAAUUAUGGAGGAGCGCAAAUGGGAGGAUAGCGGCGAUUAGGAAGGAACAAAGAUUAUAUACACACAUAUUAGUAUAUACAUAUAAUAUAUACACGUAUAUACAUAUAUUGCAGCGUAAUCAUCUCAACAACAUCACAGCGAGCGGCUCAAUGCAAUCUUAGUCACACACAUACAAACACACACACACACGAGCACACACUCACCUGCACACACACACACACACACACACUGAGACUUGAAAAUUUGCAGGUUACGUUUUUUCUAUUCAAUCGAGAAUUUGUGUAUUAUCUAAAAAGCUUAUGUAGCUAUCAAUUGUGUGUCGUUGUGUAUAUAUAUAUAUAUCGAUAUUGUCGUGUGCCUGUUCUUGUUUUCGUUUCUGUUUCCGUUUCCGUUUCCGUUUUGAGUUUAGUUUAAGCAGAAAGUGAGACAAAUAGACCAGGACCAAGAAUGCCUCCGCCAACAUAGCCACAGUCACAGUCACAGUCCAGAGCUCUAUAAAUGAGAAAUAGAAUCUUAUGUUGUAAGUGCUAUAUCUUAUGUAUAUUGUAAAGAAUAUAUAUAGUAACUAUGAUAUUUGUAAAUUAUGCGAUGGGUUUAAACAAGCAACAUUCAAAUAAACAAAAGCAAACAACCAAUGUUAACAGCGGCAACAAAAUGUUUCAAGAUUAUUAACAGCACUUUAGCACAUAGAGAUAGAGAUAGACAGUUUAGUGUUAGAAGAGAAGAGAAGUGUUCGAAAACACACACAAAAAUACACACACACAAACACACAAACACACACACACACACACACACAAAGCAAAGCACCAAUUAAGCAAAUAUUAGAAAAAACUAAAAGAAUAAAAUAAAUGAUUCUCAUUAAAAAAUAAUUACAAAAAUCAAACACAAAAACUAUUUAUAGAAAUAAUAAAUUCUAAUUCUAUACACAUAAAAUGCAUACACACACACACAUGCAUAUAUACAUGCCUAUAUAUAUAUAUAUAUAUAACUUUUUUUUAGUAGUCGCAGAAAAAACUAAAUAGCUGCUAAAUAAUGUAAAAAGUCAAUUUUAAUUAUACAAAAGAAAAAAAUACAACAAAAAAAAUGCAUAUUACAUAGAACUUUAUAUAGAAAAUACAAGCAAAUAUAUAUAUAUAUAUAUAUAUAUAUAUAUAUAUAUAGUAUAUAUAAUAAAAACUGUACGAAUUGUCUGAAGUAUCUUUUGUAUGUAGUAAAAACAAGAAACAAAAUAACAACAAAACUAACAAACGAAAUAUGUUGAAAUUAUGUACUCAAUUUUAAUUUUUUUUUGGUAGCAAAAAAAUGUUAGUUACACUUAAGAGCUGUUUAUAACUAGUUAUUGAAACAAAAUAUGCGAAUACAAACAAAAAGGAAAAUAUAUAUAUAUAAACAAUCAAACAAUUUUGGUUAAAUUGAGAUAAAUGUAAAACAAAUGUGCGAGUGUGCGUGUGUGUGUGUGUGAAAGUUAACAGAAAAAUGUUGUUCAAAAUAAAGCUUUAUUGUAACAAGCGGCGAAUGUAACAAAAAUCGGUUAAUUUAAGCAAUGAAUGUAAUACACACAGGCACACACACACACACACACACACACAUACACACACGCAUACCAACACACACACACACACACACACACACACACACAAUUGUAUGGAAAACAAGAACAAACACUUUAGAAAGCAGUACAACAAAAACACACACACAUAAACACACACAACUAUAUUUACACACACUCACAUGCAUAAACAAUUAUACACA